AUGCUAUUUCUGAUUGCUGGUAUUGGUCUCGCAUGUGUAGCGUAUGCACAAACAACUGUGCAACUCAACGACAGCCAGAUGUGGUCGGCAAGCAUUGCUUCCGGUGACCUACAGCAUUACUACUUUGACACAGCCGCUCAAAGUUUACCAGGACUCCAGGAACCAGAAGCGAAGAGCGUGUAUUUAACAUUGACCAGCUGCUCACAACCGAUCGCACCUGGAAACUAUGAGGGAGAAGUACCAUCACUCAACAUGUUUAUCUCAACAUCAAGUGAGGAGACUACGCUUCCAGGACCCAGCCACGGGACAAUGGUCAAUGAUACAAACUUAGGUCGUAUCUCAUGGAACAGUGGUGGUCAAGUGCAAAAUGUAUGGAUUGGUGUAGUAGCACCUACGUUGACUGACAAUUGGAGCGGUAAUUGGACGUAUCAGAUUGCUAUCUCAACACAAGGUUGGAUGCAUCCCAUCAUCAGCGAUAAUGAUGGUGGUAGUACGAUUUUCUAUCUGGAGGAUACAGAUGAUACACAUGCGUUGUUUACUGCUUCCGGUGAGCAUCAGAAGGAUAAUCGUAGUUUACUUGUGGCUUCCAGUGUUGCUCCAGAGUUACGCUACUCGCUCUGUGCCGUCGAUCGAGCAGCGAUAUCCGAUUACACGGUUAAUACGACGCGCACCGCUGAUGGUCAGCACUUUUUAGUCUCCAAUUUGACAAGUAAUUCGUCUUACAUGACAUACCUGAUCGAGUCUACUGGAUCACUCCGCAGCAUGUCAGCUCCUAUUCACAUACAAACAAAAGCAGAUGACAAUUGUCGCUUGAUUUACGGUCUUGGCUUUUGCGACCAAGUUGCCUAUAGUGUUCCAGCCAAGGCGUCGGAUACCACAGAUAGCAUUCGUGAAAGAUAUGAUGACCAAGCCCGACAGCUAUUUGAGCCGUUCAAUAUUGCCAUUUCUCAAUUCAACUGCGAAACAACCCAAUAUUCACUCGUGCGUAAUUGUACCGAUUGUUACCAGGAUUAUAAACGUUGGCUCUGUGCUGUAUCUAUUCCCCGCUGCACAAGCAUAUCCCAAACCAUAGCAGACACAGUUGCUGUACGCGUCGUCGAUGCUAAUGAGUCACGCAAUCCUUGGAUCGACGAAACACUGGAGCCUGGAACCUGGACGGAGCUGCUUCCUUGUAUCGAUCUGUGCUAUCAAGUGGUGCAGAGUUGCCCACCGUUCAUGGCUUUCAAUUGUCCAAAGGGGGAUUUAGCAUCUCUGCAAUAUGGUUACUGGAAGCGUAGCACCAUUGAUGCUAAUGGUAUGUCUGUGCAACUAGGCCCAAGUUACCCUACAUGUAAUCGCAUGCAACUUGAAGAAGCAAGACUCGUGCUGAGCGACGCAUCUCAAACGCCGCUUAUGAAUUACAGUAUCUUACUCAUCAUUCUUUCGAUUGUACUUUUACAAGCAUGA